AUGCAGGUGCUCGGCCGGCGCGUGUCAGAGGAAGACCAGCUGGCCAGCAUCGAGGACUCGGCAGAGUCUGCUCGGCGAGAGGGUCCGCCGGAGGUGGUGAUAGUGGUCGUCGUCGUGAGGAAGCAUGGCAGCCAAAGGAACUCCAGCUGGUUUCGCAACAUGAGUUGGUUGCAACUUCGGGAAGCUCCUCAGGAGCUGGGAAGGACAGCUACGUGCAGCAGACGGAGCCAAGACCGCCAGGCACGGAGCCGCAAGAUGUGCGAUGGUCGGCUCGGGAACGCAGACCGCCGAGAAGAUGUCUACAAGACGAUGGCGAAGGCAACGAUGAGAUGUGGGAAGACCAGCCUGGCCACAGCGCAGAGAUGUGCAGACAGCGACCACAGCGGUGACUUCGGGAAGCACUUGAAGCUGUUGGCUGCGGAGACGCAGUUUGGUCAUGAUGAUGUUGACAGCCCCGCAGCCUUCAAGGGCCAUGAGCUCCAGGAUGAGGAGGCUGAGGCCGUCACCGUCCAGACAGAGAGCCUCGACUUCCAGAUCACGGAGAAGUGCUUCCUCGAAGAGCCGCUCGAUGCAGAUGCCAUUACUGCGGUUGUCCUGCUUCCUCCCGUGCUCGUCAAUGUGUCGACUUGUGGCAAAGGCCUUCUGGUCAACGUCUAUGAGGGUGUGAUGCUGAUGACCGUGCUUUCAAGACGCCUUCUCUGGGAGGUCGCUGACAAUUUUCCUUCUCUGGCCCACCUGAACAGCGACAAGUCCUUCAUCACGACCCUCUUAGAGGGUUCCAGAGAGAGUGGCGAGAGUCGUGACGAGACGGGGGCCCAGUCCCAGCCCAGUCCCAGUGGGCUUCACGACGGCGCAGCUGCUGAAAGCCGAGUCAAGGGCGCCCCUCGAUUUGCAGAGGGAGAGCAGAGUGGAAUUCAGACAGCCUUAGCACUGUCGCCAUCCUGGCAGCCAGUCGCCUGGAGUCAGCUCCCACCUGUGGAGGAGGGAGGUGGUAUGGUCGGCGAUCCACACCACCUUUGGCACAUGUGGCAGGAAGCGAUGGGAGCCGUGCGCGUCAUUGUGAAGGUCACUACCCAGUGCCGGAUCGAAGUUCCACCGGAGUACGACUCAAAGUCUUUCAUGACCAGGCAGCAUCAGGACCAGUGGAAGGUCUGCAAGGAUGCCAUCCCCUACAUGGAAGAUGAGUUCCCUUCGGCGGUGAUGGCCUGCGCCCGAUCAGACGAAGCGCAUCAAAAGUAUGGAGGUCAAGAUCGGAACAGGGUGGUGCGCUACAUGGGGUGUGGCAAAAGUCGCGUCAAAGUGGAGCCACCCGUAAGCCGGGUAGUCACGGAGGGCUGCCUCAGCGUUGGCGACGAAGAUGAGCCCGAGCUGACGGACUUCCUGAACCAAAUGUGCUCGGCACAGGGCAUCAGCGACCGUUCCUGCAGGCUGUACGGGCCCUUCUACGGGGUUUAUAGUCAUCUUGCUGAAGACUUGUUCGGCUAUCACUCCCUGAAGGAGAAGGAGGAAUGUCUGGCCAUCGCAGCGACCAAUCUGGAGAACGCGGCUGCGGAAGAAGAACAAGAAGCAGAAGAAGAAGCAGCGCCCACACCGAAGAGAGGCAAGGGUGGAAGGGGCUCUUUGCUGGAGGACGAGCAGGAGCAGGAGGACCGCCUCCAGACGGACGAGCCAGAGGAGUGCGCCGAUCCCCAGGCCAAGGCCUUCAUUGGACAGGCGAACCGCGCUAUGGCUGAGUAUAUCUAUGGUCUGACGCCGCCUCUGUCAUACUCGCGUUCCCGAGCGUGGAACAAGAAGGAGACGAAGCUUAAAGAGACAA